GAAUAUUACCCCAAAAAAAAAAAAAAAGUUAAAAUAAUCUGAAAAAGCUUAAGAACCUUUUUACUUAUCUUUUUAUUUCUUCUUCUCCAUUUUUCUAUUCACAAUCUCUGAAACUCAUACCAAAGCUCUUAACCCAAAACCCUAAGUUUCUUUUUCUAUAUUCUUUCUCUUCUUUACAUUAGACUAUUAAUGUUUUAAAGCUAUGAUGGAUAUGACUCCUACUACCAUAACAACAACAACACCAACUCCUAAAUCACCCGAACCCGAAUCCGAAACUCCGACCCGGAUCCAACCGGCGAAACCCAUCUCCUUCAGCAACGGCAUCAUCAAACGCCACCACCACCACCAUCACCCUCUCCUCUUUACAUACAAAGAAUGUCUCAAGAACCACGCGGCGGCCUUAGGCGGCCACGCUCUCGACGGCUGCGGCGAAUUCAUGCCGUCUCCGUCGUCUAUCUCCUCCGAUCCAACUUCUCUCAAAUGUGCUGCUUGUGGCUGCCACCGUAAUUUCCACCGCCGUGAUCCUGACAACAACGACAACAACAACAACAACGACUCCUCCUCCCCAAUCCCUCUUCCUCCUUCCGCCGCCGUAGAGUAUCAGCCUCACCACCGUCAUCACCCACCACCACCACUACCUCCACCACCGCCGCCACGUAGUCCUAACUCAUCUUCUCCUCCACCAAUCUCUUCCUCUUACAUGCUCUUAUCUCUCUCCGGUACUAACAACAACAACAACAACAACAACUUAGCUUCUUUCUCCGAUCUCAAUUUCUCCGGCGGCCACCACCACCACCACCAACAUAAUCUUCACGGAUCUCGUAAAAGAUUCCGAACAAAGUUUAGCCAGUUUCAGAAAGAGAAGAUGCACGAGUUCGCCGAACGACUUGGUUGGAAGAUGCAGAAACGUGACGACGACGACGUCCGUGAGUUUUGCCGGCAGAUCGGAGUUGAUAAAAGCGUUCUCAAAGUCUGGAUGCACAACAACAAAAACACUUUCAACCGCCGUGACCUCGCCGGAACUGAGAUCCGGAAAAUCGAUAUCGGCGGCGGAGGAAACCACGCUCCGGUUCUCUCCGGCGAGAUUAACAACAACAAUAACGGACACCACGGCGGAGGAGGAGGAGAGCUUCACCCCAGUGUUAGUAGCGGCGGUGGCGGAGGAGGAUUUGAUAGUGAUAGUGGCGGAGUUCACGGCGGCGGUAACGUCAACGGUUCGUCGUCGUCGUGAAGUUUAAAGAUGAGAUCAGUCUCAGAUUAAUAAGAAAGCUUAGAGUAAGCUUACUUUGUAUUAUUAUCAUCGUUAAUAACUUUUAAUUACAAUCUUUAGUUAUGUUUGUUUGUUCUUGCAUUAUUAUUAGUUUUGUUUUAAUGAGGAAUAAUAUCAUUCCAUAACAUUCCGAAUUA